UCCGUGGUAUCGGGACGCAUCGCUGAUAGCACUCAGUCGGCUACUCUCUCUCUCUCUCUCUUCUCUCUCUUCAUUCAUUUGGGUUGUACUUGGUUUUGCUCCACUUUCAACUACUGUUUGAGUAGUGAAGGAAUAGUAAGCGAGAAGGGUCUGAUUAAUCAAAUAGAGAGCAAAUUCUAUGGAUUCAAUGGAUAAAAGGUGUGUGGGUCUCCUUUAAACACGCUUAUCUUUAAUGGGUAUCACUUUUUUUGGAUUACUUUGGUGCUUUUCUUGUGAUUUUCCUCUGGUUGGUUCUCGAGAAAAUGUGGGAAAGGGAAGGAAAAUAAUAUUCAGAGUCCUGGAUUUUGCUUAGUUGAGUCUAUUCUGCUUUAAUUAUACGUGGAUCAUUUAUUUCAUUUUCUCGGAAAUUGUGCUUGAAGAUUUGGUUUUUUUAUUGUAAUUGAUCUUUUUUAGUUGGAAGCGAUCCUAGUAUUUCUUGCAGAAGUAUAUCCAAUAUUAUGUGGAAAUAAUGAUGAGAAAAUAAUUUUAGAAAGAGAGACAGAAGAUGAAUGUUUUAAAUGUAUUGGACUAUACUUGUUUCUAUAUUAAGAACACAUAACCCCAACUUCAGAGCUUACAGUUUAGUAUUGAGAUUUUUAUUCACUUUGAUGAGAUGGAUCCAUAAGUUAUUCGGACGAUUGCUCGAAUAUGGUGCCCUUUUACCUUUAAAUCUUCACUAGUUGGAUUCAGAUAAAUGGCAAUCUGUUAUCUGUAUCAGUGUAUCCAAUCUGUAUGAGUGUAUUCAAUUAUAUUGAUUCAAAUGUUGGUCUAAUAAUGUAAUGCCCAUUGAACACAUACAAAAUUACUGGCAGCCAUGACUUGAUCGGAAUUUGGAAAACCAUAAUGUGAGAGAGAGAGAGAGAGAGAGAGAGAGAGAUUGAUCGAUUGUGUAUUUUGUUAAUUAAUAGACGCUUGUGGGACAUCUAUGGUCACACCUAGUGAGGGUUGCGACGUACUGGUCGUCCCCUCCCACUUUUUUUUGGUUAAAGCAAUAUAUAUAUAUAUAUAUAUAUAAUUCCCGUACAUCCAUUGAACAAGCAUAUUUGAUUGAUCGAUUCAUACAAGUGCUCUUAAGGAAUGAUCUUUGGGAUUUCUGGUUCAUAUUGGCUAUAUUAUCAAGUAGUUCUUUGUAACGUGGGUGACCAUGAUUGAAUUUUAGUUUGCAAUGAAAUCAUCCUCAUGAGACCAGGAAGGACAAUAAACUUGUAUAAUUUGUUGCUACAGUAGGUUUUCUACUUUCGGGGAUUGUAUUACCUAAUCUCACUUCUUCUUUUUUUGUUCUUUUUCUUUUUUAUGCCUCAAGCUAUUGGUAGUGCUAACUUGAUUUUGAUACAGUGCCUUUCCCUGACUGAACAAUGUUUUAGCAAUGAAUCCUGUUGGUAAUAAUCUCUGUCUGUCUUGUAUAUCAUCAAUUAGAUAAAGGCUUUUCUACUUCAAGUGAGAGGUAAGUUGAGUAAUUUAGCUACAUGUGUUCAACUUCGAGUUAUAAUUGUCCUUGUAGUCCUUUACUUGAAUUAGCCAGUGUUAGUAGUGUGCACUGUUGUAUUAUUUGAACCAUGCAUAUUUUGUAGUUUGUCAUUUAAUAACUUAUAGAGCUUUCCGUUUAAUUUGACUCGUAGAGCUUUCCCAUUCAUCCAAGUGGCUGUGUCUUUUUUAAUUUUUCUUAUCCUUUCUGUUAAUCAAUCAAGUCAAAUGGAAAUGAUAACUGUUGAUUCUCCAAAUCAUCUUCUUUCAGUAACCCCUCAAUUAACUCUUGAAAAAUUUCAAACAUGCAAUAUAUUUUGUCUUUGUUUUGCUCAUCAAUACACAAUAUAUCUUGUUGAUAGCUUUCUCCAUUAUAAAAGCCACCACAUCAUUUCAUAACUUGCCCAAAUGUUUUUUGAAGAUGUGCAAAAUAGCGCAUGAAUGUUUUUGUUCUUCUUUUUAAAACUUUUCUUUACAUAACAAACAGAUUUCACUGGAAAUAUGCUUACGUCUUACAUGUAAGAAAAUGAUAUCUAUAGUUGCAUAUCUUUGCUUUUCCUGAAUGUUUCUAAGAUGACUUAUAAGUUUCAUUCCAAACUUGUCUCUGCAUAUCUUAUAGAAGAUGGCCUAUGACAUACAACUGAACUCAAAAAGACAAGGGAGAAGGUGAAGGAUGUGGAUUGCAGUAGCACAAAAAGACAUUUGAUGAUGAAUGUGGAGAAUGACGACGUGGAAUCAGAGACUGAUUUAGGGCUUGCUCUUGCUUAUUCCAAUCCGUGCAUUCCUACAAGAUUGAGCAAUUCAGGUGCAGGUGUAAAUGCAGCUCCAAGGAUUUGCUGAGAAAAAACAGUUGGUUUUGUGGGAUGUUGAACCAAGCAAUAUGGUUCUUUCCCCACCACAAGACAUCACAUCCAGAGAGACUACUGAUGAAAAGCCUAAAGACGAAUUAAAUUUGAUUACAUCUCAAAUGGCACUCCAUGUGAAGAGUGAAGUGGACGAGGGAUCUAGUUUGGGUACAUCUCCUAGAAGCAUUGCAGACAUAAAGCCUGUACUUGGAUCAAGUCUUGGAUACCAUGCCGGUACUAGUGAUAAAAUGGAGGAAAUGAACACUGCAGGAGGAGCAUCAGUUGCACAUACUAAUAUAGCUGAAAUUAAAGAAAACAAUGCAGGUCGAGAAAAUCAGAAGACAACAGAUUUUCUAUCACUCAGAACCAAUGGGCGCGAACACAAUGAAGUGAUGAUGGCCAAUCCUAGUGAUAGACUUGGUGAUAUUGCUAGUGACAGUCUGACUUUGGGCUUAGAAGUUGCUUUGACCUCUGAAGUUCAUAGCAUGAAACAGUGCAAGGGACUCAAUAGUCCAGUGCAAAAUAUGACUUCCCCAAGCGGAAGACACAAAGCUCUUGCAAUAGUUAUUGAAGAAGAUAGCAAAAAUAAAAUGAAGAUGGAUGGUUCUACCAGUGUGCUGCCUCUGGAAAAGCUGGAGUUCAGUGCCGAAAAUGAUUUACAGCUUUGGAUUGGUGAAGAUGAUAAAUCUGUUCCAUCUGAAGCUUCUCCAACUAACAGCAGAACCCGUCUGUACAGAAGGAAGGGCAAAGCAAAGGCUUUGUCAGCUGGAGAUGUUAAUGAAAGAAUGCCGAAAAACGAUGAGGAUGACAGCCACGAGAGUGUUGAAAGUUGUAACAGUGCCGGGUUAUUUUCUAUAGGGAAGAAGCGCUUUGCACAGCAAUCGAUUGUGGAGAGUAAAACGGUGAAAAACCAAAUCCAAGAAAGUCCUGUUUCGACAUCCUUUGUUGGACAUGAUAGCUCUUUCAUGAAUUGGAUUUCAAACAUGGUGAAAGGCUUAAACAAAACCAAUCAAGAUGAUUCACCUUCUCUUGCUCUCACCCUGGCCCAUCCUACUCAUGAUCAGAAAAUCGUCACAUUUAGCAGAAACCAAGAUCCUGGGAGCAGAAAUAUGGGGUUCCAAACUAUGUUUCAGUCUCUGUAUUGUUCGAAUUCAAUGGAACAGAAAACGAAAAAAUCGGAUGGUAAUUCUCUAAUGGGAGGUUCUAAAGAACUUGUACUGGCUAACCAAAUGUCUGGUGUCAAUGUUUCUCCGAUUGCUUGCCAUGGUGUGAAUGAUAACUUUCGCAAACAUUUUUCUCUAUCAGAUGAGAAGUUUAACCAGUCUACAUCUGAAAAUAGAGCAGGCCCGUCUGUCAAGCCCAUGACUUCGCCUGCAAAUAUUGCUGCUGCACCAGAAAUGCGCAAGACUAGUUCUUGUUCUUAUCAGAAUAAAACUUCAGAUGAUUUGGCAUGUAUUAAUGUGAAGGAUGGAAAAAACUCAUCCAGCUCCUCUUUGGGUAAACGCAAAUCUGACAGUGCAGAGAACAAUGAUUCCAACCCUCCACCCAAAGUGAAAGUGAUUAAUAAUGUUGGUUACAGAUGUGAUCCUCUUGGAAGCUUGUGGAUUACUCGAUUUUGCGCAAAAACUCCUGUGCCUACGUUAAAUUUAGACCAUUGCAACCAGAAUACAAGCGGAGCACUUGCAUGUUCUAGUGAUUACACAAAGCUUUUUUCUCAUACUCUCAAUCAUGUUGAUUUUCCCGUUGACCAGAAAAGUUCAGAGGCCAAGGAGAACUCAACUGAAGAACAUGUUAAUGUCACGGGUAAAAAACUGCAAAGUUGUGCUCCCAGUAGCGAGGAUUCCUUUGGUUUCAAUACGAUCCGUGGACAUAAUGAUCAAAAGUCCAUUUAUAAAUUGAAUCCUAUCCUACCUUCCCCGAAACAAAAGAAUUCGGAGGCAAUGGCCUCUGUGUUUGCAAGGAGAUUGGAUGCACUCAAACACAUCUUACCGGUGGAUGUUAAAGACAAUACAACUCAUACAAUGACAACCUGUUUCUACUGUGGUAAAAGUGGCCACGAUUUACGUGUUUGCUCUGAGAUAACAGAAACUGAGCGGGAGAAUCUUAUUAGAAAUAUUAGUUCAUCUGAUGGAGCGGACGACUCUCCUUGUUUGUGCAUUAAAUGUUUUAAGCUAGAUCAUUGGGCUAUUUCAUGUCCCAUGGCAUCCAUGACUAAGCAACAUCAAUCAGAAUGUGAUGCUGAUUUGGGUAUUCAUUUCAGUGCUAGUAAAAUGCAGCUUAUGAAAGGCAAUGAAAGAUACCCCGGGAUGCUGGAAACUAAACAAAGCCAUUCUCAAAUUGUUGCCAUGCAUACUAGUUGUGAUGGGAAAAACUCUCGAGUUGCUAUUGAUAAGAAUAUAGCUUCAUGUUCUGGGGAUAAUGUAUUAGAAGAAAAGCGGGUUGCUUCUUUGUGCAAUUUGGUUGAUACAAAGUUUUCAGAUAUACCAAAGGGAGUGUUUGAUGCUAUAAGGAUGCUUCGUUUGUCUCGUAUGGAUAUUCUCAAAUGGAUGAAUUCCAAUACUUCACUAUUGGAUCUCAAUGGUUUUUUCCUACGCUUGCGGCUUGGGAAGUGGGAAGAAGGUUUAGGAGGAACAGGCUACUAUGUGGCUUGCAUAACCGGGGAACAAAGAGAAAACCCACCACAAGGUUCCAAAAAAGCUAUCUCUGUAAAAGUUGGAGGUAUAAGAUGCUUGGUUGAAAGUCAAUAUAUCUCCAAUCAAGAUUUUCAUGAGGAUGAGCUUAUGGCAUGGUGGUGCGCAAUGAUGAGAAGUGGUGGGAAGAUCCCGACUGAAGAUUAUUUGAAAUCAAAAUUCGAAGAGAGAAAAAGGUUUGGCUUUUAGAAGCUAAGCUAUAUGCGUUUUGUUUUUCAAUCUCAUGCUUCACUAAGCAACAAUAGGUUUUGAGUUCUAGCUUGCAUAAAUGCAAAUUAAGAAUCUUGCAAGAAAGAGCUCUUGUAUAGUUGAUUUAUCUGUUGUUAGCUAUAUAGUUCAGUAAUUAUUUUUUCACAUAAUGAUACACAUUUUCGGCCAAGCGUUCUAGUGAUGCUGUUCAUGCGAAGGUGCACCGCAGCGUA